CGGGCCGUGCCGCUCCGCGCCGUGCCCGCGGCCAUUCCAGACGGCGGCACCGCGCCUGGCAUAGGAGCAGCAGGCGGGAGCCGCGCCGCCGCCGCAGCCCCGCCAUGGCCAAGGAGGGAGCGCAGCGAGCGGAGGAGACGGAGCAGAUGAUCGAGAAGGAGGGCGGCAAGGAUGCCGCCGAGGGCAGCGCCGCCGGUAGCCUGCGGUCCGGGGACACGAAGGAGAUGAGAGCCGUGGUGCUGUCCGCCUUUGGAGGGCUCAACAAGCUCCGUGUGUCCAAGAAAGUCAUGCCGGAGCCGCAGGAAGGGGAGCUGAAGAUCCGCGUGAAAGCCUGUGGUCUGAACUUCAUUGAUUUGAUGGUGCGACAGGGAAAUAUCGACAACCCUCCUAAGACUCCUCUUGUUCCUGGGUUUGAAUGCUCUGGAAUUGUAGAAGCUCUUGGAGAUAGUGUGAAAGGAUUUGAGAUUGGAGACAGAGUUAUGGCUUUUGUAAAUUACAGUGCAUGGGCUGAAGUUGUAUGUACCCCAGUAGAAUUUGUCUACAAGAUCCCAGAUGACAUGACUUUUUCUGAAGCUGCAGCAUUUCCCAUGAACUUUGUAACUGCCUACAUGAUGCUCUUUGAAGUUGCUAACCUGAGAGAAGGCAUGUCUGUGCUGGUGCACUCAGCAGGAGGUGGGGUGGGUCAAGCUGUUGCUCAGCUCUGCUCAACUAUUCCCAAUGUUACUGUUUUUGGAACAGCUUCAUCUUUCAAACAUGAAGCAAUCAAAGACUCAGUAACUCACCUGUUUGACAGAAAUGCAGACUAUGUUCAAGAAGUAAAAAGAAUCUCAACAGAUGGAGUAGAUAUUGUUUUGGACUGUCUUUGUGGAGAAAAUACUGGGAAAGGCCUCAGUCUUCUCAAACCACUUGGGACUUAUAUUUUAUAUGGCUCAUCUAACAUGGUUACUGGGGAGACAAAAAGCUUCUUCAGUUUUGCAAAAUCAUGGUGGCAAGUUGAGAAAGUAAAUCCUAUCAAGCUGUAUGAGGAGAACAAAGUAAUUGCUGGAUUUUCCCUGUUGAAUCUACUUUUCAAACAGAAUCGAAGUGGCGUGGUCAAGGGUGUGAUGGACAAACUCCUAAAUCUAUAUAACAAUAAGAAGAUUAAGCCUGUGGUUGAUUCAUUAUGGGCUUUGGAAGAGGUGAAGGAGGCCAUGCAGAGAAUCCAUGACCGGGGAAAUAUUGGAAAACUAAUUCUGGAUGUGGAGAAAGCACCCACUCCCCUGAUGGCCAAUGACAGCACAGAGACAAGUGAGGCUGGAGAAGAGGAGGAAGACCAUGAAGGGGACAAUGAAAAUAAAGAGCGCAUGCCCUUCAUCCAGUAACAGCCGGAGGUGGUGGAAGCAGAGAGGUUGAUGGAGUAGAAGGGAACAAGGCUGGGAGAUCUAUUCUGUGCAUCAGUGAACAAAUGCUGUAGUACAGUGUGUGUUGUAUUUGUCUGCAGUCAGCUGAGCUAUGAGCUGUUGAUAAUUGUUGUUUUGAACUCAAGUGCCAUUCUCAUCCAGUGCAGUAUUAUGAAAUUUCCUGUGUAAUACCCAGUUUCCCUGUAGGAGUCCCAUGUAUUUUUCUGUUUCAGUUUAAAAGCCUUAUUAACUUACUGUGUAAUUUUAGAUGGGCAUCUUUCCCAUGCAAAUUCCAUAAAAUUCCAUAAAUUCCAUUUUGC